AUGAAGGCUGCCGUGGUAGCUGGAUUACUGCUGAUCAGCAUCGCUAGUAUCAACGCAGCAACCGAUCGUGUCGUGUGCUAUUUCGGAAGUUGGGCCACCUAUCGCAUCGGCAAUGGAAAGUACGAAGUGGAAAACAUCAACCCGAAUCUAUGCACACACAUCAUCUACUCCUUUGUGGGGCUCGACACGAAGGGAAACGUAAAGAUUCUGGACAGCUGGCUCGAUGUCAGCCUCGGUGGAUACUCGCGCUUCGUGCAGCUGAAGCAGCGCAACCCAAAGGUGAAGUUGAUGCUGGCAAUUGGUGGCUGGAACGAAGGCUCUGCGUCCUACUCCACGAUGGCCAACUCCGAUUUGUUGCGUGCUGUGUUCGUCGAGUCGGCGGUAUCCUUCGUCAAGCGGUACGGGUUCGAUGGAUUUGAUGUCGACUGGGAGUAUCCGACGCUGCGCGGUGGAUCAGUGGACGAUCGGGAAGGAUUUAUCAAACUACUGAGGGACCUGCGGGCACGCUUCGAUCAGGAAGGACUGCUCCUGUCGAUUGCGACUGCUGCCACGGCAGACUAUUUGCGAUCCGCGUACGAUGUGCCGGAGAUCAACAGGUACGUUCACUUCGUCAACCUGAUGACGUAUGACUUGCAUGCGUACUGGGACGCGCAGACUGGAGCGAACGCGCCGAUGUACGCGAGUUCUUGGGAGACCGGCUACACCACCAGUAUGCUCAAUGUGGACGCUUGUGUGAAGGCAUGGCUUAGUGCAGGCUUAUCACCCUCGAAGCUGACGCUUGGUGUUCCCGUGUUUGGACAUACCUUCAAGCUGACCUCCACCUCCGAUACUCGCGUCGGAGCACCCACAUCCGGUCCGGGCGAUGCUGGUCCCUACACUUUAGAACCAGGCACCCUGUCCUACUUGGAAGUGUGUGAAAAAUUAAAAGCAGGAGGAUAUACGCAAGCAUACAGCAACGAACAGAAGGUCCCGUAUGCCUACCGUGGCAAUCAGUGGAUAUCGUACGACAAUGCGAACUCCAUCGCGUUGAAGGUACAAUACGCCAAGAGCUUAAACCUCGGUGGAGUUAUGGUUUAUUCGAUUGAGUCCGAUGACGCCCGAGGUAUCUGCGGUGAAGGGGAACAUCCAAUCACAUCUACGGUGUACAGGGAAGUCUUCGGUACGGGAGGCGCAACACAGGGAACAACCUUACCCACCACAACCACUACGCAAAGACCCACCACAACCACUACGCUAAGACCCAUCACAACCACAACCACGGCCCGUCCUGUUACCACGACUACUUCCAGAGUUACCACUACGACUACCUCCAGAAGUACCACCACGACUACUACUGCUCGUCCUAACCAAAAGCUAGUCUGUCCAGCAAGCGGGUACUUGCGAGAUCCCGAAGAUUGCGCUCAGUUCUACCAGUGCUAUGCUGGACUACCCGUGCAAUCCAACUGGUUGCUGAGAUGUCCGACUAAUCUUUACUUCGACCCGAAGACCAACGUUUGCACGUAUAUUUUCAACACCGAUUAUAAGGUGUUUUGUUUCUUCGACAACCAGGCCACGUACCGUGUGGGCGAAGGCAAAGUGACGAUCGAUGAUAUUAAUUCCAAUCUCUGCACCCACAUCGUGUACAGCUCGAUCACCUUCACCGGGACCGGGAAGGUGCAGCUGCUGGACAGCUACAACGAUGUGACGAAUGGAGGUUUUACACGGUUCAAAAACAUCUGCCUCGCGAAUCCCGCCGUCAAAUGCAUGAUCGGGCUGAACAGUGACUCGACUGGGUCGAAAUUGUUCUCCGGUGUGAUGAAUACUGCCGGGCUGCGUCAAGCGGCCGUGACGUCUAUUAUGGGAUUCCUCACGCAGCAGUACAAAUUUGAUGGGUUGGACUUCUACUGGCAGUAUCCGGUGCUGAAGGGUGGUAAUCCUGAAGAUCGUUCCAACUUCGUGUCGUUCAUGGCGGAACUGUCGGCCAACAUGCGCAUGUAUGGGUUGGUGCUGACGGUCAGCGUAGCUCCGACGAAUGACUUUUUCAUGUCCAGUUACGACGUGCAGAACCUGGUGAAGUACGUCGAUUACUUCAAUAUAAUGGCCUUUGAUCUGCACAACUACUGGGAUGGCAAAACGGGCCAUCAAGCGCCACUUUACUCCAGUGGCAAGGAAACAACGCUUUACGAUGCACAGCUUAACAUUGAUGCGAUCGUCAGCGGGUGGAUAGCGGAAGGUGCACCGGGUUCCAAGCUGAUCCUUGGCGUUACCGGUACAGCGAAUGUGAUGAAACUUUAUUACACGAAUGAAACUGGUAUGGGUGCAAGAACGGCGGGCCGUGGAGGUGCAGGACCGUAUACUACCACCGAAGGCAUCAUGUCCUACUCGGAACAUUGCGUGGAAAGGUCGAAAGCAGGCUGGGAGACGAUUUUAGACAAAACGCAGCAGGCGUACUAUGCACAGAAUAAGCGUGUCUGGAUCACGUUCGACGAGGUUCAGACCAUCCUCACGAAAGGAUCGUACGCGAUCACGCGUGGACUAGCGGGCAUGGCUCUGUACUAUAUGGAGAACGAUGAUGUCAAGAAUACGUGUGGCCAGGGAGCAUAUCCGCUGCUGAGGGCCGUCAACACGGGUUUGAACAAACGGAUUACGGGAGAAAAUUCCAUUACAACUACUACUAAGGCUGCCACGACCACUACUACAAAGGCUACAACGACUACCACUAAGACUACUACCAAACCUACCACGACUACCACCAAACCUACCACCAAGCCUACUACGACUACAACUACAAAGCCAUCCUUGCUACCAACCACCUGCCCCAAAAAUGGAUACGUUCGAGAUCCCAACAACUGUAGCAUCUACUACAGAUGCAUUCCUAAUGGCGCGUUCUUCACCACCUGGAAGUACUCCUGCACGAAUGGGUUGUACUUCAAUCUGGCGUCAAGCACCUGCGAUUACCCUAACCGUGUGAGCUGCUAA